GUGUCCUCAGGUCCCUGAAGGCGGCAGCAGCAGCUCAGUGUUUCCUCUUCAACAUCAUCAGAGAAACCCUCCAAAGAAGAACCUCCCGGUGUCCAGGCGGUGUCCAUUUUAUUUACACAAAAACACGUAUAAAAACGAGACUAUCGCUCUUUCCAGGUGGAUAAAAUAAUAAGUACAGGUCACAGAGAUGAGCAGCUCAGAAGAGGUGUCGUGGAUUUCUUGGUUUUGUGGACUCAGAGGGAAUGAGUUUUUCUGCGAGGUGGAUGAAGAUUAUAUUCAGGAUAAGUUUAACCUGACGGGUCUCAAUGAGCAGGUCCCUCACUAUCGACAGGCUCUGGACAUGAUCCUGGACCUCGAACCAGACGAGGAGCUGGAGGACAAUCCAAAUCAGAGUGAUCUUAUCGAGCAGGCGGCAGAGAUGUUGUACGGUCUGAUUCAUGCCCGGUACAUCCUCACAAACCGAGGAAUCGCCCAAAUGCUGGAGAAGUAUCAACAGGGCGACUUCGGCUACUGCCCCAGAGUUUACUGCGAGAAUCAGCCCAUGCUCCCCAUCGGUCUGUCGGACAUCCCAGGGGAGGCUAUGGUGAAGCUGUACUGUCCUAAGUGCAUGGAUGUCUACACCCCAAAGUCAUCCCGGCACCACCACACAGACGGGGCGUACUUUGGCACCGGGUUCCCUCACAUGCUGUUUAUGGUGCACCCCGAGUACAGACCCAAGAGGCCCGCCAACCAGUUUGUGCCACGGCUGUAUGGCUUUAAGAUCCACCCUAUGGCCUACCAGCUGCAGCUCCAGGCCGCGUCCAGCUUUAAGAGUCCAGUCAAGGCCAUCCGCUAAACAGCCUCACACCACCAGAGGGCGCUCACACACCCUCGGCUCCAAUCCCACAAGAAGACUGUAUUAUUUCUGCUUUUAGACUUAGGACAAACAAGUAUGAGCCAGACAUUUGACGGACAGGAUUUAUUUAAAAUUCACGCACAAGAGCAGUUAAACCCAACAGGUAUUUCGACAGACACAACACUUAAACAAGAGGACGAAAAGUGGCUCAAGAUGUGAAGCAAAUAUGAAAUGGAUAAAGUUAUGAUUUGUGCGACACAGGCAAUGGAUGGUUUUUGUGUUUGGUGUGAAAAUUUCAAAAGGGCAAUUUGUAAUUAUGACAACAACUAUUUAGAAAUCAAAGUUAAAGUUGCAUUGCGUAACUUUUCUGAUGAAGAGUACGCAUCCUGUUAGAGCUUUACCUAAAAUGUUUCACAAUAUGACAUUAAGCAUAUCUAUCUAGCAUUUAUUUGCUUACGGGGAUUUUAUUGUCCAUACUGUGGAGCAUUCCUGGCAAAGCAAUCACAUCUCCAUGGUUACACACAGGUGACAGACUCUCACCAGAAAUGUUACAUAGUGCACCUUUACACUUCAGGCUGUUAACAUAACACCAAAUGCUCAGUUAGUACAGAUUAGACACAUUUAGUCUUAUCCAUGGGUUUCAGAAUGAUGAAAAAUUUGGACAGUUGCUAUAGUGAUUAAGUAUUUAAAACUAUAUCUUUUGAAAAAGUCCUCAAAAUGUCCAAGAGUCCAAGAUGUAUUGUCAAGUAGUUAAAAAAAAAAAGAGUUUAAGAUGAGAUCGAUAGUUAAUAAACAUUUAAAUCAGUCGUUCAUCUGGCGUACUGCAGUACUGUUGUCCAGAUAACAUGUUUUCAAAGUUAAAUAUGAGGUCACAGGAAAAGUUAUGUUAUCAUUAUGAGAUUUAAAUAUCAAAAUCAAAAAAAUUAAAACUCUUGCAUACUUUUGUCAUUUUUGUGAGAUAACUUACAAAAGACAAAAAGUGAGCUCUAGGGUCUGUGCUGUUAUGAUUUCAAAUAUUGUGGUGCUGCUUAUUGACUAUACAAGUCUCGCAAUGAUGACAUCACAACCGCCUGGAGCCAACUUCGCUUUGGUUUUGGUUUGGACUCUAACUACAUGACAUGUUACUGACUGAAUAUACUAGUUGUGAAAUGGACGUUUCAAUUCAUUUAUUCACAUUUUGAGAAUUUUUUUUUUUUAAAUAUCACCAGGUUGUAAUGACUUAAACUUGAAAAUGUAAGAAAGCCAAAAAUGUUUUCUUUCAUUUUAAGCCCAAUUUAUAACUUGAUUAAAAUUUAAAAACAUUAACUCAAUUUAACUAGUACAGUAAUACAUUUUGAAGGUUAUAUUUUGCGUAUAAAGUACAAAUUGCCCUUUUACGCACCCAUCCCUGAUGCAUGCGCUCAGGCCGACCCUAUACGUACACAACAAUCUCAUUUAUUUCAGUGUUGUCACAUGCAUCUGUUGAAUUUGCCUUAAACACACAGAAACCAGGAUUUUCAGUCAAUAAAUUCAUUUCAUUGUUACUAUUUACAUAUUUCUAUCUACAUUGUAAGUAACUAAAAAUUCCACAAUCCCUUUUCCCUUUAGUUUUGUUUUCAAUUUAAAUAGAUUUUUGUUAAUCACUGAAACCUUUAAAUUUGAAUCACCUGGGCAGCCAAGUUUUUUUUUUUCUUUAAUAGUUAUGUGCAAGAAGUAGUUUUAGGAAUUUAGUAAAGUAUUAAAACAAUACUGGAUGAAAUAAUUGUCUGUUUUUGGCUAAAUAUGCCAACUCCGGUCACUAUAGAGCUGAGAAUACAGAGCACAUGAUACUUUUUACUCUGUGGAAUUAAUAUUGUGUGCAGUUGAUGAGAUAAUAGGCUGCAUGAGAGAAGUUUAGACCAAUCUACUAAAAAAAUGCAUUUGGCUGUCCAGGUUAAGCAGCAUACAUAGAACAAAUACAAUUAAUAUGAACAUGUAAGCCUCAUUUUAGCAACAAAAUGACCAUAAUUUCAGUGAUUUGCAAAGAUAUAUAUUUUUUUGUUUUGUUUUUUUGUUAGAAGGAAGAGAUUUCUGUUCAUAUCUGGCACUCUCCCAUUUGAGUGCAUGUUUUUGUAUUCAUAUGUUGUAUAUUUAGUAACUUAAACCAAUAUCAUUUUCAUUGUGAUCGAACAUAGAUUUUUACAUCUUAAAGGUCCUAUAUUAUACAAAAUGUGUGCUGUGUUAUAAUGUGGUUGCCUCAUCCAAAAACAUACCUCAAGUUGUAUUUUGUUUGUGUAAUCCUUAUUAGUCUGUCUACAUCUCCAAAACUCAAAAUGCUCUGUUCCAUCUUUUUAAGUUAACAGCUCCUUUUACAUUUGAUUCAGAGUUUGACAAUUCCAGUGCUUAAAUGAUCUAAAUGAUUCUAGUGAACGUGUGUGGAGUUUAAAAACAGUGGAGCACUUCCUGUAUUACCACAUGACAUCACAAAGUGGAACAGAGUGUUUUCUGUUUGAGGGAAGAACUCAGCCUAAAUACGCAGGGUUUGUGUGUUAAACAUGUGUGAAUUAAACAAAACACAACUCCAGGUCAGUUUGUGACGUUUGUGAUGAGGAAACUACAUAACAUAGGUCAAUAAAUAUGGGCCCUUUCAAAUAAAUCACUUGUAAUGGGAUUGAGUUGUUCUGCUGAUGCCAGAUGUGGACAGUGUCUCAUAGAUAUAAAAUGAUAUAGACAAUCUGAACCUGCCCACUCCAAUUCUACAUCUUUCGUAUAUAUUUUUCUGCCUUUUCUGGACAGAGCCCUCUGUGUCGUCUAUUAUUAUAAUAAACAAGUUUGAUGUUUUUGUUACAUUUUAAACUCUAAGCUCUCGUCUUUGCCCUGUGUUGUUGUUGUUGAGGGUGGGUAGGAUUCAGAGACCUCUAAUAAACUUAUAUUUUCUUUUCA